AUCCACCAAGUUUCAUUAAAAUCGGAGAGGGACACUUGGGAUACCUUCCUUGUAAGCUACCCCGAACUCCCGCUUACCGACAUUUCUCCUCGUCCUCUUAUGUCUAGGAUGGUAAACUCCGCGAUCGGUCGCUUACAAUACAAAGUUAUCGUAAAGAAGUAUUCAACUAGACACGAGUUUUAGCCAAAUAUAGUGCGAAAUGUCAGCAACAUAAACUGAUUAUUUAUUGUUAGAUUGUAUAUUUGCUCAAACACACGGACGAUCUGGAUAAUGUGUUUGAACUGAUGCCAACCACAUCAGGCACAGUGAUAUGUGUCAUGAAAAUCAUCAGCUUGACUCGCAAUUCUGGCAAGUUUAAGAUGCUUUUGCAACAGACGCAUGAGGACUGGCGUAAUCUACUAUCAAGCCAAGAAACGCAGAUUUUAACACGUUAUAGUGAGAACGGUCGAAAGUUCACGUUGGCAUAUUCAAUUUGCAUAAUCGGAUUCGUGUUCUGCUAUGCUUUGCUGCCUCUCGCCGGACCUGUACUUGAUAUCAUCUCGCCUUUAAAUGGAACGAGACCAAGAAAGAUGCCGCAUCCAGCGGAAUAUUUUAUAAAUCAAGAGAAGUAUUAUUACGUACUUUUGCUGAACACAUAUGUCGGUUACGUUGCAUGCGUUUCGAUAGCGGUUGCCGCCGACACUAUGUACGUCUUGUUGGUGGAACAUAUUUGUGGAAUGUACGGCGUACUGUGCCAUCGACUAGAAAAUUUAACGCAUGAUGAAAUACAAUGGGUCGACGAUGAUUACAUACACGGACACGACGAAAUUGGUCGACGUAUGCGAUGUUGCAUCCAACUACACGAAAGAAUAAGAUUAUUCAUUGAAAUGAUGGAAUCUACUUUCGCGUUGUUCCUCCUGUUCGAUGUUGGAUUGGGAUUUAUAUUGCACACUUCUUCAUGUGUAUUGAUCGUGGUUAGAAUGGGCCGAUCAUCUGAGAUUCUGCGGUACGUAUCUCUCGUAGCACUGCAAAGCUGCCGAUUAUUUUUCAACAGUUGGGCCGGACAAGAAGUGGCUGAUCAUAGCACUGGAAUUUCGAUAGCAGCCUAUAAUGGAACAUGGUACAACGCGCCCACAGAGGUACAAAAAUUGCUAAUACUGCUAAUCGCGAGAAGCCAAAAAGCUUCCCGAAUCACUAUUGCAAAGUUGUACGUCAUCAACCUGGAAGGAUUUAGCAUGUCAAUACUUUUUAAGGUAAUGAGAACAUCGAUCUCAUAUUGCACGGUAAUGAUCUCGCUACGCGAAACAUCAGAAAGUAUGUAAGACUUUUUUAUAGAUUACACGCACUUUGUUUACGUAGUUCUAUACGUAGUCGUAGAUCAAGAACUCAGGUACGAGCACUGUGCAAAUAUAUAUAAUACUAUAAAAUAUAUUUGUGAUGAAUAUAGAGAAAAACAAUUGUAUAAAAUAAGAAAUAAA